AUGCCAAUUAUGACAAAACUAGCGCACGAAUUUCACGAGCCAGUCCUUCUGGCAAUUAUUGGAGGAACAGGCUUAUACUCCUUAGCUGCCUUGAAACCAAUCGCUAAACUUAUUAUAUCUACACCUUGGGGUGAGCCAUCCUCUCCAAUUACCAUCGCACGUACCAGCAGCGGAUUUCCUAUUGCGUUUCUUGCCAGGCAUGGUCCUCAUCACGAUCUUUUACCUUCAGAUGUCCCAUAUCGUGCUAAUAUCGCCGCUUUAAAAGGAUUAGGUGUUAAAGUAAUACUUGCAUUUAGUGCGGUGGGUUCCUUAAGAGAACAUAUCAAGCCUCGAGAUUUUGUUGUUCCAAAUCAGAUAAUUGAUCGAACCAAAGGUAUUCGCUCGUCUACAUUCUUUUGCAAGGGUUUUGUCGCUCAUGCUGGAUUUGGUGAGCCUUUCGAUCCAAAAUUAAACAAAUUGAUUGGCGAUCAUUGUAGAGAAAUUUUGCAGGGCGAUGGUGUUAAGCUUCAUACCAAGGAAACUGAAGGUAAGAAUGUGAUUUUAGUCUGCAUGGAGGGACCUGCCUUUUCUACAAGAGCUGAAUCACAAUUGUAUAGGUCGUGGGGUGGUGAUGUUAUUAAUAUGUCAUGCAUUCCUGAGUCCAAAUUGGCAAGAGAAGCAGAGAUAGCGUACCAGAUGAUUUGUAUGUCUACUGAUUACGAUUCCUGGAAUGAGUCGGAAGAGCCUGUUACUGUUGAACAGGUUGUUGGGAAUCUUAAGGCCAAUACAGAUAAUGCACAUCGUGUUGCUGAAAAACUUAUUGAUCUAUUGGAGCCAAAAAUAAAAUCCGGAGAAAUUGGGGGUGAUUUGGAUGGAAGUAUGAAGUUUUCUGUCAGUACGAAAAAGCCAGCAAGAGAUAGAAGGGCUGCAAUCAAAAUGCAUUAUCUUUUCCCAAACUAUUGGCCUUUAGAGUAA